ACUUCUCAAGACUAUGAAAUAAAAACCUUCCUUCUAUGAGCUUAUGCUGAGUGGGUCUUUUGUGCCAGCGGUGAGAAGGCUUCACUGAAAGGCCCCAACAGCAUCAAAGGACCGUUUUAACCAGGUCAUCCGUUCGAAAGCUCUGGAAAGUCGAGAGAAAACAUACAAUGACCCCCACCUCCCCCACAGUCAUUAUAUAGAAAGGAGAGGGCGCGCCCCUGCCCCCCGCGGGCCCCUUUUGUGCUGUUCCUGCCAACGCAGCAUCCCUCCUGCUAUAUAUAGGCGGCCCGCGCCAGGGCCCACACACCCCACAGCAGCACCCCACCACCGCCUGCACCAGCCAUGGGCAAGAUCACCUUCUACGAGGACCGCGGCUUCCAGGGCCGCCACUACGAGUGCAGCAGCGACCACUCCAACCUGCAGCCCUACUUCAGCCGCUGCAACUCGGUGCGCGUGGACAGCGGCUGCUGGAUGCUCUAUGAGCAACCCAACUUCGCGGGCUGCCAGUACUUCCUGCGGCGCGGGGACUACCCCGACUACCAGCAGUGGAUGGGCUUCAGCGACUCCAUCCGCUCCUGCCGCCUCAUCCCCCACUCCAGCUCGCACAGGAUCAGGAUCUACGAGAGGGAGGACUACCGAGGCCAGAUGGUGGAGCUCACGGAGGACUGCGCCUCUCUCCAGGACCGCUUCCACUUCAGCGACUUCCACUCCUUCCACGUGAUGGAGGGCUACUGGGUCCUCUAUGAGCUGCCCAACUACCGCGGCCGGCAGUACCUGCUGCGGCCCGGGGAGUACAGGCGCUACCACGACUGGGGCGCCGUCAAUGCCAGGGCGGGCUCCCUGAGGAGAAUCAUGGAUUUCUAUUGAGACAUGUUGACCCUACCGUUUUCUCUAUCUGGGCGCUAAUAAAAUAUUUCCUGUGUGUUUCAUGCAA